UAACAGGUGGCCGAGGCCCGAAGGCAAUUUACAAAGUAAAUAAACAAAUUCAAAUGCGUGGCCAAAUAAUAGCAGAAUAAUGAGUGGCUACUUCUGGCAACUGGUGGGGAUAAGCUCAGCAUUCAAGGUGCUGCUGAUGCCAGCUUAUUACUCCACGGAUUUCGAAGUGCAUCGCAAUUGGCUGGCCAUAACGCAUAGUCUUCCGUUAAAUCGCUGGUACAUAGAUACCACAAGCCAGUGGACACUGGACUAUCCACCAUUCUUUGCUUACUUUGAAUGGCUGCUAUCGCAAGUGGCCAAAUAUGUAGAUCCCAAAAUGCUUAUUGUGCAAAACCUCAACUAUGAAUCGCAAACAACAGUGUAUUUCCAACGUGGAUCAAUUAUAGUCAUGGACGGCAUCUAUGUGCUGGGCAUGCGCUGCGCGCUCUCAGCACUGGGUGUACAAAAGUCAACGCAGCAACACAUUGCAGGAUGCAUGCUAAUGUUAUUCAACGUUGGACUCAUCUUUGUGGACCAUAUACACUUCCAGUACAAUGGCUUUCUCUUUGGUCUACUGUUGCUCAGCAUAAGCGCUAUACUGCGUAAACGUUACCUCUGGAGUGCAUUUAUCUUUGCUGCGCUGCUUAAUUUCAAGCACAUCUUUCUUUACAUGGCGCCAGCUUUUGCGGUCUAUCUGCUGAGAUUCUAUUGCUUGGAGCAGCGCAGUUUGCAGCAAAAGGCACAAGCUAUGCUGCGGCUGCUAGCUGUAGGACUUACACCCUUUGUGCUGUCAUUCGGACCAUUCUGGCAACAGUUGCCGCAACUAAUGUCACGUCUGUUUCCCUUCAAGCGUGGACUAACCCAUGCCUACUGGGCGCCCAAUGUAUGGGCGCUAUAUAACACUGCCGACAAGAUAGCUGCGGGCAUACUAGGACGUACGCCUGCUACACCUCGCGCUGCCAGCACCUCCGGUUUAGUGCAAGACGUUGAGCAUUUAGUCUUGCCACGUAUUACACCUGCGAUGACAUUUGCCUUAACACUCGCCUCUAUGCUGCCCAUCUUGCUGAAGCUGUAUUUUACCAAGUCCAGAGACAAAGCACAUUUGGUAUUUCUACGUGCUAUUGUGCUAUGCGCCUGCUCCGCUUUCAUGUUUGGCUGGCAUGUCCAUGAGAAGGCCAUACUCAUGUGUCUAAUACCCUUGUGUCUGCUGACAGUGCUGAAAUUGGAGGAUGCCAAGUACGCCUAUAUUCUAGGCAUAGCGGGAUACUUUUCGCUCUUUCCGCUGCUCUUUGAGGUGGAUCUACUAGUGCCACGCUAUACGCUCUACUUGGGAUACAUGGCCAUGUUGUAUGGACAAUUGCAACGCAUCUAUAAGACUGCGCCACAUUUCCACCCACUCGAGUGGGCUUAUUUCCUAGUAUUUAUAGCCAUACCAAUCUAUGAGCAUAUAAUAAGCCGACUGUUGGGCUAUCAUAUUCGUUAUCCCUUUUUGCCGCUGCUGCUCACAUCUGUGUACUGCGCACUGGGCGUGCUCUACUUCUUCGUGCGUUAUUAUGUAUAUGCAUUGGACAUCAGCUGGACCAAGCGCAGUGCUGCGCCAAAGCGAAGCAAACGCAGUAAUCGUAAAAUUAAAACCAAAUAA